UUUCUCCUUUAUGAAGAUUACAGAUCCUGACAUAGAAAAGAUUAAUGAAUAAAAUGAAACUCUUAAAUACAGUUUCAUUUUGGAGAACACACUGAAAGUCCAAACCAGACAUGGCGGAUGCCCCAUGCGACUAACCGAACCCAGCCAUGGAACCAUCCAAAAUUUAUCCCGAGGACCUCCUGAAGGGCUUCUCGCUUCUGACGAGAGCUGGCAGCCCUUGGAGGGAAAACUCCUCAUACAUUUGGCCAAACGACUCAUUCCAGGAGGAAAACUUCGAUAUUUGGGACGCAUCUCCUGAAGGAGGAAUCCUAAACCAAUCCUUCCCCCUCGACGGCAGUAACUUGACAGGCAACGAUACCGAGUACCUGCCUUACAACCUCCGCCCGGAGACCUACCUGGUCCCUGUGCUCUUCGCCAUCAUCUUCCUGACUGGGGUGAUCGGAAACGGAGCUCUCAUCUUCAUGUUUCUGAAGCACCCGAAGCUGUGGAGCGCCCCAAACAUCCACCUGGUGUCCCUAGCAGCUGGUGACCUCCUGAUGGUGCUUCUGGCAGUUCCCUUCACGUCCAUGGUCUACACAGUGCCCUCGUACCCAUUUGGGGAAGCCGUGUGCCGGGCAUCUGAAUUUGCCAAGGAUCUCAGCCUGGGCAUCACCGUCUUCACCCUGACUGCCCUGAGCGCUGACCGAUACCUGGCCAUUGUGAGACCCGUCUCUACCCACGUGUCAGGGCACGCCCGGAAGAUCGCCAUAGGCCUAGCAAUUGGCAUAUGGGUGCUGUCGGCCAUCUUGGCAGCCCCUGCAGCCAUCUUCUCCCAAGUCCCUGUCUUGUUCACCCCCAGGGGAGACGAAUUCUACAUCUGCACCCCUUUUCCAAAGCAACUAGGGGAGCUGUACCCGAAAAUCCACACUAUCGUCAGAGUCACACUAUACUACCUGCUUCCGCUGUCCCUCAUUGGGUUCUUCUAUGUCAUGAUGGCGCGCCACCUCCUGGUGUCCGCGAGACACCUUCCUGGAGAAGGCGCUGGUGCCGCGGCUGGCCAGCAGCGGCAGAUCCAGGCCAGGCGGAAGGUGGCCAAGAUGGUACUGGCCUUCGUGAUCAUCUUCGCCAUCUGCUUCCUGCCCAUCAACAUCUACAUCUUGUGGUGGCACUUCUGCCCGAGUUCCCAGGACGACUACAACGUCUACUGGCACUCCUUCAGGAUAGUCGGCUUCUGCCUCUCUUUCAUCAACUCCUGCAUCAACCCCAUCGCCCUGUACUGCGUGAGCGGGACCUUUCGGAAGUACUACAACCGCCACGUGCUCUGCUGUUGCGUCGGCGGGAGGAGAAAGCAGCUUCAGAGGGACUUCGAUGGGACGGAGUGCACCCAGGCGUCGAGGUGCACCCACAGGACUGUGGAGGUCCCCCUGAGCGUCAUUGGGGACAAAAUUGGGGCGCAGCCAGCAGCCCCACAUCGCCUCACGCUCACGAACACGGCCGUCCUCACCUCCAAACCUUAUCACAGUCCAUCGUCUGUAGUAUGA